UCACAAUAAGGUUACUCGCGCCUGGACGACACAUCCGGCUGAAGGCAGAGUGACACCUGUCGCGUGCGCAGGGUCUUGUUUAAUGGAUGACUGGUGACGGCGGACCGUGAGGGUGUGCAUUUUGGAUAAAUCUCGCAGUGCAAUCGGCCUUUCUCGUUUGUUUUCGUGGCAUAUAGUGGAUUUUAACAGAACAACUGAGAUCGUUGUUUGUUAUCUUGAGUGUGUUUAGAGAGAUGCCUUUGAUCGUCACUGUUAACCGGUCUCAGGAGAGCGUAAAUACAAUCACUGAUUGUAUUUGUUGUGGCCAAGUUGACAAGGUGCAUGUGUUUUGUCAGAAGCAGGCGACUUUAAAGAGGUAUACUGAGACAUACUGAGAUCAGUCAGCCAUAUGUUGGGACACAUCCACUGAAAUACUGAUUUGGAUUGUAAUGUAUUUACAAUUUGUGGCGAGCUGUGCGUGUUUCCAUUUAUGUCCACGAAAACAGGAUUAAAGUGGAUAUAUGUUACCUAAUGCAUUAUAGCCUUGCGCGUGGCGGAUAGCUUGUGAGCUAAGCCGCGUGUGAUACCCAACCUGCCUACACGCGUUUUAAGCACCAUUCUCGUAUUAAUGCGUGGCACAUGAUGCGAACGACGUAUGCUGCCGUCAGCAGCACUCAACAAUCCCAUUUACCGUAGGCUGCGCUUCCACGGAUUCUCGUCGUUCUCGAGCUAAGUGUGCACACUGAACUGAUCCCCGUGGCAACCACGGUAUCGGUCUUUGUAGCGUUCUUUACAUCAUUCAUUGCUAUCCUCGGUCUCUUCGACUCCGACAGCCACGGGAGCUUCUUUAGCCUCCUUGUGGAAUAUCCAAUGUUUGCAUGUUGGUCAGUCAGAAUUAUUGGUUUGUUUAUCCAUACAUCCGAGGUAGCAGCGGUAACGAACUGUGUUAGACGAUUGUGGAUUCCGUGGGACAUUGUGAAAUAAUCCAAGGGUUCGAUUGUGUUAGUGUAGUGUAGGUGCAGGGAUUUCAACGGCGAAAGCAUCAAACGGAUCUGGACUAAUUUCAGGGCAGAUGGUGUAACAUUUGUGUGUUGUUGAGUUGACGCGCGUGUUCGAGUGAAAUCAGUAGAGGAAAAUGCCCCGUAUCGACAGAUUCUCCUCAAUAUGACAGCUGAAUAACACUGACGCUUUUCACGUCGACCGGUUCUCACUUGGGUGGUCUGCUAAUUGGUGACCGCUCAUCAGUCCCUGGGUCCCCGGUACCGUUGGCAAAAUACCUUAUCAAAACCAAACCAUGAUUCCUGGGACUCCGGGGUCGAUGCUCCCAGCUUCGGAGGCUGCCAAGAUCUACCAGACCAACUACGUUCGGAACUCGCGAGCUAUUGGGGUGCUUUGGGCAAUCUUCACCAUCCUGUUCGCUAUUGUCAACGUAGUGUGUUUUAUCCAACCGUACUGGAUCGGGGACGGAAUGGACACCCCGCAGGCUGGCUACUUCGGCCUCUUCCACUACUGCAUAGGCAACGGGCUGUCCCGAGAGCUCACCUGCAAGGGCAGUUUCACAGAUUUCAGCACCAUCCCUUCUGGUGCCUUCAAGGCUGCGUCCUUCUUCAUCGGAAUGUCCAUGGUCCUCGUCCUCUCGUGCAUCGGCUGCUUCGCACUGUUCUUCUUCUGCAGCACCGCCACCGUCUACAAGGUCUGCGGCUGGAUACAACUCGCCGCAGGGACGUGUCUGGUGUUGGGGUGUAUGAUCUACCCAGACGGUUGGGACUCGGACGAGGUGAAGAGGAUGUGCGGCGAGCAGACGGGAAAGUACACCAUCGGAGCGUGCUCAGUGCGCUGGGCCUACAUCCUGGCUAUCAUGGGCAUCAUGGAUGCCCUCAUCCUCUCCUUCCUGGCCUUCGUGCUGGGCAACCGCCAGGAUGGUCUCAUGGCAGAAGAGCUGCUUGGCGAUAAUCCCACUGCCCAGAAAGGGAGCAAUGCUUAUAUAAUGUCAUGUUUCAGCAUCUUACCCAUAAUCCAAAGGGUGGAAGGGCUGUCUGUGGAGGUUUGAGAGGUCAGAGAGACGACGAAAGACAGAAGAAUGAGAAGUGAACACAGGAACCAUUCACGGGAAAAACAACAACAACAUAUGGACAUGAUAUGAAGCCCCCUUCAACCGUCUCCAUGUUUCAUUGCCCCACUGAAGGACUCUCCGCAUCAUACUCUCAUGCAGUCCAGUUAGUGCCUCUGACAGGAGUGUGCUAUUUCACACAUAGCACACUGCAUUUCCAGUGCUAGAACUGAUUUUUUUUUGCUGGUCAAACUGACAUUGGUAAAGUAACAUAAUAUGUAUGUUAGUUUGGUCCUAUUCGGGGAAUUUGUGUCUGAACAUGACACACAACAAGUAAUUGCAUUCAACAUACUGACCAGCAGUACUUUACACAUUAAUAUUCUGUGUAAUUUUGCACUAUAUACCAUGUUGAGUACUAACUGCCCCCUCUACACACACACAUACACACACACACACACACUUUGUACCUGAUGAGGGACCCUCAGACGCCUUGACCUGAGCUGAGGAAAUGUUUGACAGAGCGAGAUAACAGUGCCAUUGGCCCCUUUUGGCCCUCUGGGCCACCGUACAUAUUGUCACUAGUGCUGUGUACCGUGUAGAGUCAGUUAAUGACUGAGGUCUUUAUGGAACCAUAGAAGAGAGGACUGCUUUCAUGAGCACAAUAAAGAAAUUAUUUUAUAUUAAGUGUCAAAAAUGAAGCGGUAAUAAUUGCCAAGUCUUUAGCAGGGAGUGAUAAAAGGUCAUACAGGAGAACAGUAUUUAUUAAAGUAGGAGUGUAUUUCAGUGUAUCAAUCAUAUACUCUGUAUACCUGUAUGUGUUGAGUAAUGUUUCUGUAGUUCUGUCUCGACUUUGAUAUUUGCUAAAUGUACCAAAAUGACAAAAACCUUGGUACAGUGUAUUCUAAUGUGUGCCAUUCGAUUCUAUGGCUCAGUGUAGUAGAGGGUAAACAAGUGUUUUUUCUCACUGUGAUUCCAUUUGAACACUUUUGGGCAAGCAAAAUGUUUCUCCCUACACUCAAACCCUGAUGACAUCUGGUUUGUCGUUAAUCCGGACGCAAUCUGCAUCUUAAUCUCUAAAUGUGCUUGUGCUGAAGAAACACUUAUUUGUGUUGUGUUAACACUCACACACACACACACACUCACACACUACAUUGUUUGACUUGGGAGGCCCUUUUUAUUAGGGUCUCAGUGUUUAACAUUGGGAGCCUCCAGCGAGGGUACGGGCUGAGAUUUAAAGAUUUAAAGACUGGGAUGUUUUUUUAGGGGAGGGUGGGGCAUGUCUUUACUGUCUUUUUCAGGAUAUGGCCCCCUCCCCGUGUUUGUCCAUAAUACACCAUUGUAAAUAUUGAGAAUUAUAACAGGUGGUAGCAAAACGUAUAAUGCUAUAUUAAAGAGGAUGUCAAAAGUAAAAUAAAGAAUAUCCCUGUGGUUAA